ACCGGGUGAAAAGGGCUCCACGAGCUGCGCGCCCGACUCCGGGCGUAGGCAAGGCCGUACGGCAAAAAUGGUGGCCCCUGGGUACCUGGGGACUCACUGAGGGGGCAGAUCCGCCCCCUACAGGUCAGGGGCACCGAGCCUCAGACAAGGAAUUCUGAAAUCCCCAACACUUCCUCUCUCCGGGGGAUUUGAUCCCCCAUGGCCACCGCUAACAGCAUCAUUGUGCUGGAUGAUGAUGACGAAGAUGAACCAGCUGCUCAGCCAGGGCCCUCCCACCCACCCCCCAGUCUGGCCUCACCCCGGGCAGAAGCCCCUGGGUCCUCCCAGCCCCAUGGGGCUGGAGGAAGCAGUAGUUCGGGCGGCAAGAAAUGCUACAAGUUGGAGAAUGAGAAGCUGUUUGAAGAGUUCCUUGAACUGUGUAAGACGCAGACGGCAGACCACCCUGAGGUGGUCCCAUUCCUCUCUAACCGGCAGCAGCGUGCCCACUCUCUGUUUCUGGCCUCGGCGGAGUUCUGCAACAUCCUCUCUCGGGUCCUUUCUAGGGCCCAGAACCGGCCAGCUAAGCUCUAUGUCUACAUUAAUGAGCUGUGCACUGUUCUCAAGGCCCAUUCAGCCAAGAAGAAGCUGAAACUGGCCCCUGCUGCCGCCACCUCUAGUGAAUCCUCUGGAAAUAACUUUCCCAUAGACCCCUCCUCAGACCCCACAAAUGCUGAGACCACUGCUUCUGAGGCCCCACGGACCCGUGGUUCUCGGCGGCAGAUCCAGCGCUUGGAGCAGCUGCUAGCACUCUAUGUGGCAGAGAUCCGGCGGCUGCAGGAAAAGGAGUUGGAGCUCUCAGAAUUGGAUGACCCAGACUCCACAUACCUGCAGGAGGCAAGGUUGAAGCGUAAGCUGAUCCACCUCUUUGGGCGGUUGUGUGAGUUGAAAGACUGCUCUUCACUGACAGGCCGUGUCAUAGAGCAGCGCAUCCCCUACCGUGGCACCCGCUACCCAGAGGUUAACAGGUGCAUUGAGCGGCUCAUCAACAAGCCAGGGCCUGACACCUUCCCUGACUAUGGAGAUGUGCUGCGGGCUGUAGAGAAAGCAGCUGCUCGGCACAGCCUUGGCCUCCCCCGACAGCAGCUCCAGCUCAUGGCUCAGGAUGCCUUCCGAGAUGUGGGCAUCAGGUUACAGGAGCGGCGCCACCUUGACCUCAUCUACAACUUUGGCUGUCACCUCACAGACGACUAUAGGCCAGGCAUUGACCCUGCUCUAUCAGAUCCUGCCCUAGCCCGGCGCCUGAGGGAAAACCGGAACUUGGCUAUGAGCCGGCUGGAUGAGGUCAUCUCCAAAUACGCAAUGAUGCAGGACAAGAGUGAGGAAGGGGAGAGACAGAAGAGAAGAACCCGGCUCCCCCAAGCCACCUCUUCCCACUCUGUAGACCCCCACAAAGCCUCCUUGGAGUCUGGUGAGGGCCCUAGUGGAAUGGCAUCCCAGGAGUGCCCAACCACCUCCAAGGCUGAGACAGAUGAUGAAGAAGAUGAGGAAAGUGAGGAGGAGGAGGAAGAGGAAGAAGAGGAAGGGGAGGAGGCCACAGAUUCUGAAGAGGAGGAGGACCUGGAACAGAUGCAGGAAGGUCAGGGGGACGAUGAAGAGGAGGAGGAGGAAAUAGGUGAAGAUGGAGACAAUAGCCCCAUGUCCCCACCACAUAUCUCCACUGAAAAGAACCUGGAACCUAGCAGAGGGAUGAGCAGGUCUUUGGGGGAGCAGCAAAAUAAAGGACUCAGAGUGUCACCAUCUUCACUGUCAGAAGAGCCCUUGGCCCCCUCCAGCAUAGAUGCUGAAGGCAGUGGAGAACACCUCGGGGAGUUGCCCCUGGAGGAGGAGAGCCCUAUGUCCCAGCUCUUUGAGCUAGAAAUUGAAGCCUUGCCCAUGGAUACCACCCCUUCUCCCGAGGAGAGGGACAUUUCCUCUUCCAGGAAGCAGUCAGAGGACCCUCUCACCACUGUCGUAGAGAACGGAGCAGCUGUGGUCACCUCCACUUCAUUCAAUGGAGGUGUUUCUCCUCACACCUGGGAUGAUUCUAGUCCUCCUUGCAAGAAAUCUCGGAAGGAGAAGCAGCAAGCAAGAGCAGGGCCGUUAGGAAACAGCUGUGUGGAAAGGCAAAGGUCAGUGCAUGAGGAGAAUGGGAAGAAGAUACAUACCCUGCCUAGACCACCUUCCCCCUUGGCUUCCAUGGCCCCAGUUGCUGAUUCUUCAACAAGGGUGGAUUCUCCAAGCCAUGGCCUUGUGACCAGCUCCCUCUGUAGCCCAUCUCCAGCCCAGUUGUCCCAAAUCCCCCAGUUACAACCCUCCCGGACUGGUACUUACAAGAUGAGUGUGGCCACACAGUGCGAUCCAGAGGAAAUCAUCGUGCUCUCGGACUCUGAUUAACUGCCUCCCCCCGACUCCCUGCCUCCUGAAUAUUUUGGAAUAGUGUUUGGAGGAUGUUGGGAAGCAGAUGACUGAGGAAGGGUUGGACUGAUCUAAUCCCCUUUUGGUGGUAUUCCUUUUAAAAAAACAAAACUUAAGUUUUACACAAAAACAUUAAUAAAGUUUUCUUAUUGUA